AUGUUCUUCGUUGAUAUCAAUGGCACUGAAGGCGAGUGGGGUUUCUCAUUUAGACUACUAACGGCUCACAGUCCAGUCACAAUGAGUUGGCUCCCGCUUAAUCUCUACAAAUGGAGAUUGAGUCUCUCUGCCAAAAGCGAGGAGCUUUUUGGAGUUCGCCAUAACGACGACAUGCUCAAUGUUCCGGACGAGGAGCAGUUCAUAUCAAACCUUAUGGUCUAUCACAUGAAACGAAAAGGCUCGUACAAAGCUCAUCAGUGUCAACGCGACGAUUGCAGGUUCAAGCUCGGAGAACGUGCUCCUCCGUCGAACAUGGUGCGCACCAGCAAUUACACAUACUUCAAUUUCUUGCCAAAAUUCCUUUACGCCCAAUUCAAGCAAGUGGCCAAUUUGUUCUUCUUGGUGCUGUCAUUUAUUCAGACAUUGCCUGGACUUGCACCUUUCGGUCGACAGGCAACUAUUGUGCCUCUCAGUUUCAUCAUCGGAACUUCAGCCCGUCGGCGCGUACGCGAUCGCAAGAUGAACUACCAAAAGUGUUACGCGCACACUGACGAUGGAUGGAGAAUGAUUCCAUGGUGUGAUGUGGCUGUAAAUGGCGAGCAGCUGGCGGCUGAUUGUCUCAUUCUCGCAACUUCUGAACCCGGUUCUGUGGCUUAUGUUGAGACAGCAAAUCUUGAUGGCGAAGAGCAAUCUCAA